CAAGAAACUGUUGCUUCGAUUUGAUAUAAAAAGAGGGAUCUCAAAAAUAUACAUCAGUUUGUGAGUGAAAGCACUUGAGUGAAAUUGUAAAUAUGGGUGUUUUAUUACAUAUAACAUCAUUUUAUAUUUUGUUUGUAUAUACAAUUCAAGCCGCAAGGAUACUGGUAGUAGUUCCAACUCCAACUAUCAGCCAUCAGUCAGUGUUUCGACCCCUUACGCAGGAGCUAGCUAAGAGAGGACACGAUGUUACCGUCAUCACAACAGAUCCCGCCUUCCCGAAAGGAGGAGCCCCUGCUAAUCUCACAGAAAUUGAUGUCCAUGAUACAUCUCACGACGCGUCGAUAAAAACCUCCUUUGCAAAAUCUUCACUUGACCUAAUUCAACAAUUUAAACUUAUACCAGAAAUGGUAUUGAGCAUAAUUGAGGUGCAGUUGAAAGAUGAAAAUGUGGCAAAUUUGAUACGUGAUAAAAACCGGCAGUUUGAUUUACUGAUUUUAGAAGCAUAUUGCCGACCCUUGCUAUUGUACUCACAUAUUUACAAAGUGCCUGUGAUUCAAAUGAGUAGCGCUGGUGCUUUUCGUAACUCUUUAAAACAAUUCGGUGUUCCUACACAUCCCUUACUUUACACGCAUGUCCCAAGUCAGCGACUUAAUAACCUAACCAUGUGGGAAAAAGUUAAAUCAUUGUAUUUUACCUACACUUUGGACAAAAUAAUGGACGAUAUGGUGGUAAAAGAAGACGCUUUUCUGAGAAAACAUUUUGGUUCCGACUUUCCGUCUGUAACGGAACUGAGCAACAACGUCGAUAUGCUGUUUCUAAAUGUCUUUCCGAUAUUUGAAGGCAUUCGACCUGUGCCGCCUAAUGUUGUGUUUACGGGAGGGCUGCAUCAAAAUCCAGUAAAGGAAUUGCCUGAGGAUCUGAAGUCAUAUCUGGAUUCUUCUAAAAAUGGUGUGGUGUAUUUAAGUUUUGGUUCGACCAUGGAUCCUACUCUCUUACCUCCUGAAAGAAUCCAAGUGCUAGUGAAGGCUGCCUCUCAGUUACCUUACGAUGUGUUAUGGAAGUGGAACGGAGACGAGCUGCCUGGACGCACUGAGAACAUCAAAAUCUCAAAGUGGUUGCCGCAGUCAGAUCUACUCAGGCAUCCCAAAAUCAAGUUAUUCAUAACACAAGGUGGCCUACAAUCAACAGACGAAGCGAUUACAGCUGGCGUUCCGAUGAUUGGCGUCCCACUGCUCGGUGAUCAAUGGUUCAAUGUUGAAAGAUAUGAAUACUUCAAAAUAGGAGUUCGAUUGGAUUUGGAUAUUAUCACAGAAGAUAAUUUCAAAGCCACCGUACAUAAAGUUAUCGGCGAUGACAGCUAUCGACAGAACAUAGUGAGACUGCGUGGCCUGUUGCAUGACGAGAUGCAGACUCCACUGGAGCGCGCCGUGUGGUGGACGGAGUACGUGCUGCGGCACGGCGGCGCGAAGCACCUGCGCUCGCCCGCCGCCAACAUCUCGUGGUGGGAGUAUCUAGAACUGGAACUGGUGCUCACAGUACUUGGAGGAGUAUUAGCUAUUUCAAGUGUAUUUAUACUUAUUGCCUUUAAAGCUUACAUGUACUUGUUUGCAACUUACCCUGGUAAAAAAACUAGCCCAGGUAAAAAAAAGCGAAACCCAUUAACACCACUACGGUUGAAAACGAUGUCUACGGAGCAGUUUAUGACAAAGCUUAAAAAGCAAUUUCGUGUAGGUAUAGACAUGGGUAUCUUGUUUUAUUCACUAACGUUAUAUAUUUUAUUUGUGAAUACAAACGAAGCGGCAAGGAUAUUGGUAGUAGUGCCAACUCCUGCCAUCAGCCAUCAGUCAGUGUUUCGACCUCUUACGCAGGAGCUAGCUAAGAGAGGACACGAUGUCACCGUCAUCACAACACAUCCCGCCUUCCCGAAAGGAGGAGCGCCUGCUAACCUCACAGAAAUAGACGUCCAAGAUGUAAGCCACGACACGUGGACGAAGCCCUUUCUAGAAAAACCACCAACGAACAUGGUUGAUCAGAUGAACCUCUUAUCUGAUAUGAUGGUGGACACAGUUGAGGCGCAGUUAAAAGAUGAAAAGGUGGCAACUUUGCUUAAUGAUAAAAGCCGGCAAUUUGAUUUACUAAUUUUAGAAGCGUUUUGCCGACCUUUGCUGCUAUACUCACACAUUUACAAAGUGCCGGUUAUUCAAAUGAGUAGCGCUGGAGCAUUCCAUGACUCUUACGUACAGUUUGGAGCUCCUACACAUCCAUUUCUUUAUCCAAUAGUCCCUAGCGAACGGACAAAUAAUCUUACAUUAUGGGAGAAACUAAAAGAAUUGUACAUAAUUCAUAUCAUGAACAAUUUUGCGGAUGACAUAACGGUUAAAGGCGAAAAAUUACUGAAAAGACUUUUUGGCGAAGAUUCCCCAACAAUGAAGGAACUGAGUAACAAUGUGGAUAUGUUGUUUCUGAAUGUAUUCUCAAUAUUUUACGGAAUUCGACCUGUGCCGCCAAAUUUUGUUUACAUAGGAGGUUUACACCAAAAUCCAGAUAAGGAAUUGCCAGCGGAACUCAAGUCAUAUCUAGAUUCAUCUAAAAAAGGCGUUGUGUAUUUAAGUUUUGGUUCGAGCGUGGACCCCACCCUUUUACCUCCUGAGAGAAUCCAAGUGUUAGUGAAAGCCGCCUCUAAGUUACCUUACGAUGUGCUGUGGAAGUGGAACGGAGACGAGCUGCCUGGACGUACUGAGAACAUCAGAAUCUCAAAGUGGUUGCCGCAGUCAGAUCUACUGAAACAUCCCAAAAUUAAACUGUUCAUAACACAAGGAGGUCUUCAAUCAACAGACGAAGCAAUAACAGCUGGCGUUCCGAUGAUUGGUGUUCCGUUGAUGGCUGACCAGUUUUUUAAUGUUGAAAGAUAUGAAUAUUUCAAAAUAGGCUUACGAUUGGACUUAAAUGUCAUCACUGAAGAGAAUUUCAUAUCAACCGUGAAUAAAAUUAUUGGAGAUGAUAGUUAUCGACAAAACAUAGUAAAACUGCGUGGUCUUUUGCGUGACGAGGUGCAGACUCCACUGGAGCGCGCCGUGUGGUGGACGGAGUACGUGCUGCGGCACGGCGGCGCGAAGCACCUGCGCUCGCCCGCCGCCAACAUCUCGUGGGCGGAGUAUCUAGAACUGGAGCUGGUGCUCACAUUACUUGGUGGAGUAUUAGUUAUUUUAGGCGCGUUGCUUUUGAUUGUCGUUAAAUUAUAUAAGUGCCUGUUUAGUCGAAAGGUAGCUCCUGUUAAAUCGAAACGGAAUUGA